GUCAGUCGAAAUAAUUUAGUGAUGGCGUCGAUGGCAUCAUAUAAAUUUAGCUCAACCGAGUGAAAUUGCAAUAUUAAAACCAGUUGUUUUGAUUAAAAGUAACUAUUUUUAACUGGCAAAAACUCGAGCAAAAACGAUCCGUUUCACGUUCAAGUUAUCCGAUAAUUUUCUAACGGUUUGAUAGAAAGGUUAAAUCCAAAAAAGAUUGGUAAUGUGCAAGUGAAAAUAUUGUUAAAACUAGAAAAGCAUUGAGUGACUUUUUAGGUACAUAUUCCGUAUGUACUGUAAGUGAACAACAAUAACACAAGACACAUAUCGCCAUCGAAAAAUUGUAAAUAAAUGCAAAAUGUCGCAAUUUUCGUUGAGGUGGAAUAAUUACAUAAAUCACAUAACGUAUGCAUUCGAAUCGUUACGUUCUCAUGAAGAUUUAGUGGAUGUUACUCUGUGCUGUGAGGGUCGAAAGAUUCGGGCACAUAAAAUACUUCUAUCGGCAUGCAGUACCUACUUUAAAGAUGUUUUCAAAGAGAAUCCGUGUCAGCAUCCGGUUAUCAUUUUCAAAAAUGUGAAAUAUGAAGAUUUGCUGGCCAUAAUUGAAUUUAUGUACCAGGGAGAGGUGAAUGUACAGCAAGAAUCUUUGUCGUCGUUUCUGAAUACCGCCGAAAUGUUGGCUGUUCAAGGACUAACGGACACAACAAAUCCGGACACAUUAAUCGUAAAGGAUAAUAUAACGUCGGAGAACGUGGCACCGGCGUUCAAAAAUUCCAAACAUCAGUCGGACAUCAAAUCGGUUUCAAUGACAACACAAACAUAUCCAAUCGUAACUCAAACGCAGACGAGUGAAUUUACCACCGCUAAUAUUGUCAUCAAAAGUCGAACAUUUUCGGAAAAGACGGAUAACACCGACUUUACGCUCACCAAAAAGCGAAGAAUAUCUCAUGAUCCGGUCGAUGAAGACGAUCAACAGAAUGUGGUGGACGAAGACAUUUACGAGGAGUGUGGAGACGCGGAUGGUGACCUGCAGCAAUCGGAUAAUGUUAUGAACGAUGAAGCUCCAUCUCACUUCCUCAAAGUCGAACUACCCGAAUAUCUUGAACAUGAGGCUGAAUCGAGUCAAACAAAGCAAGCUGUUUCGAUAGCGGACCAGUCUAGUGAAUCAUUGGCAAAGUACAAACAACUCGAAGACGACAAUGAAAUCGAUAUCAUUUACCAGGACUCGGAAUCGGAACAACGAGAUGCUUCGGAAAUGGAACGACUUUACACAACACAAGAAUCGGCAGAUGGCACACAUGCGAUACCUGGCGGAGCGCAAGCCAAACAGUACCAGACCAGUACACUACUAUGCGACCUGUGCCACCGAAAAUUCACAUCCGUAUCGGCGUUGAAACGGCACAAGGAAUCGAAACACACGGAAACUCGCAUCACAUACACAUGCCAGCAGUGUGGAAAAUUGUUCAAAACCAAAUGGUCGCUGUCGACGCAUACGUCCCGGUUUCAUCGCAAUAAGUCAUUAGUUAUGAUUGCAAAAGAUGACAUGGAUGUGGACCUGAACGAACUAAAGACAGAAUAUUUGAGAUAAAACAGAAAGAGUUGAGAGGGGGACGUGUGUUUGAGAGAGUUUUUAUCCUUUGGCCACGGUCCCCAUUCGAUGCGAGAAGUGUAACAGGAUUUUUUUUAUUGAAGAAUUUUGAAGUCGUUUUUGUUCGUUGCUAAAAUCAAAAGAACGCCGAAACAGUCUUUUGAUUUCUGGAGUAGUCUCUCCAGAAUACGAAAAGAAUAGAAUAAAAGGUCACCCAUAAAUCCCCUCCGAAAAAGUUGUUAUCUCCUCGACUUGAUGGUUUGUAAAUUUUUCGUUUCUUAAUUUAAAAUGUGUAAUUAAGAGUUAGAGGCUGUCCAUGUGAAUGAUUUAAGUAAAUUAGCGACAUAAAUAACUGGCCGUUGGCGUUAUCAAGCCUCACAAAAGAGAAUUUUGGAACGAUCUACUUCCCUUGCCAAUCACAAUGCUCUCAUUUCUCCUACUUAUCGUCAAAAGAUGAAAACAUUGAGAUUAGAUGAUGGACGCGGCUGGUUUUGUACAAAGAAAUUUUUAUAGUAAAAUGCAUGAACAUCGACAGCCUCUCAUUAUUCCCCUUUUAUUUGUAAUUUUCUCUCAUCGAUGUAACAUCGAUUCGUAGAAAUAAAAUCAGCUUUCUUUGGAUCACGAUAUUCAAAGAUAAAAGAAAUUUUGAAAUAAAUUGUUUUUUCAAGGUAAA